UCAUCUGCAGCUGCAAAAACUGAGAGGGAGGAGAAAUCAAAGACAGAGAGCAAGUAGAAGCAGCAACUGAUAGAGAUCAACUUACAACCACGGCAGACUCUCUCAGCUAAAAAGAGCAUGGGGACGGAUAACAUCACUUUCAAUGCAACUCAGUCACCUGAACAAGAUGCAGCUUUCACACACAUACAAACAGCCUCCAUUGUCAUCUACUGUGUGAUAUUUAUAGCUGGAACUCUGGGCAAUGGCCUUGUUAUCUACGUGGCGGGAUUCAAAAUGCAGAAAACAGUCGACUCGGUUUGGUUUCUCAACCUGGCCAUAGCUGACUUCCUCUUCACGGCCUUCCUUAUUUUCUCGAUCAUUUCUCUCUCUCAGAGUCACCGAUGGCCUUUUGGAGCAUUCAUGUGCAAGCUCAACACCUUUGUGAGUGUAGUCAACAUGUUUGUCAGCAUCUUUACUCUGACAGCUAUGAGUUUGGAUCGUUGUCUGUGUAUCUGUGUGGUGGUGUGGGCACACAACAAACGCACAGUCAGCAAAGCUCAGCUUAUAUCAGCUGGAAUCUGGGUGAUCGCUGGCGUCUUCAGCACUCCUUAUGCCACUUUUCGCACUGCAUCAGUGGGGAACGGAGGGGAAAGUUCCUGUGGUUAUUCUGCAACAAUCAAAGAACACAAAUUGACUCUCAACAUUUUUCGCUUUGUUAUGGGCUUUGUGAUCCCAUUCCUGAUAAUAGUGAUCUCUUAUGUGUCCAUUGGUAUCCGUGCAAUGCGCAUGCCGAGAACAAGGAGACGCAGAUCUCGCCGGGUCAUUUUCUCCAUCAUUUUUGCAUUCUUCAUCUGUUGGUUGCCUUUCCACAUUUUCAAUUUCAUAGAAUUGAAGUUAGAGCUCCAGGGGAUUGUUAGAAUGUAUGGUCCUCUGACUGUGAGUCUGGCUUUUCUGAACAGCUGCUUAAACCCCAUCCUUUAUGUUUUCAUGUGUGAAGAAUUCCAGAAGAAAUUUCGACAGUCCAUUUGUUUUGUACUCGAGAGUGCACUGGCAGAAGACCAUUUGUCAUUUCUGUCCACCCGCUCCAUGUCAUCAACCUUUUCAAAAGCUUCCCAAAAAUCAGACACUGCUGCCACUUUAGAUCGGAUCGACCCAGCCAUUUAUGAAAACAUCCCAGGAAGCACAGUAAUCAUCACUGAGGGGAUUCCUAGAACUGAAGAAGAGUGCCCCACCAGACAAUGAAUAUUGAAAUGAAUCAUUGUUUUUUGUUUUACAUAUUUACGCUCAUGCACAGACAUACACAAUAUUUCCAAAAGUGUUUGCUUGUCUGCCUUCACAUGUAUAUGAACUUGAAUGAAAUCCCAUUCUAAUGUAUAGUGUUUAAGAUGAUGUCAGCCCACCCUUCAACUCAUUGAGAUGUUUAGGAAUGUGUUUACCAUUCUUCCAGAAGACCACUUGUGAGAUUAGACAGCGAUGUUGGAUGAGAAGGCCUGACUCGCAGUCUCGGCUCUAAUUCAUCGCAAAGAUGGUCUAUUGAGGUCAGGAACCUGUGCAGGCCAGUCCAGUUCUUCAACACCAAACCCGCUCAUCCAUGUUUUUAUGGACACAGUGCUUUGUGCAUUCUUGCACAGUCAUAUUGGAACAGGCAGGGGCCAUCCCCAAAUUGUUUCAAAAAAUUUGGGAGGAUUAAAUAUUCAUUACAGUUCCUUUCACUUGGCACAAUGCAGUCAGAAAAUUACCAUUCUCCUGGCAACAACCAAACCCAGACUUAUCCAUCAGAUUUCCAGACUGAGAAGUGUGUUUCAUAACUCCAGAGAACCAUCAAACAAACUCCAGGGAGUUUCUUUUUUUUUUCUUUCAUGCUGUCAAUUUCCAUGAUUUGAAAUACCAUUAUGACAUUUCAUUUUAAAUUACUUUCACUUUUUUGUAUGUAUGUUUCUAACCAUGUUUAAACAAUAUGCAUCAUACUCUUACACGAGAGCUGUGUCUUUUUAUUGAUCAUUAAGGUUUUUUUGAUCAACCUGUUAAUAAAAACAUGCUGAUGUUGUCUGCAUGACAAAACUG